AUGGUUGAUUUGUGUCCCGCUUAACUCAAGAUUGCCUGUCUCCUAUUCAUCUGUCAGCUGUUGAAUAUGUCCAGUGAAUCUACAAGUAAUUCUAAUCCUUUUACCGGGGAGGAUGAAUCCCCUGCAAAGAACAUGGCUACUGCAAAGAACAGACAACGAUCUCCCGUACUUCUUAACGAAAAUUUUGCUAACGCUUCAUGUCUUCUUACCUCUUCGCCCUUGCAUUUUGAUUGGCAGUCCAAUCGUUUCUGUGUUAGUGAGAGGGUUAGAAGACUUUUUGCAAAUACGAUGCUAGCGGAUGUUUACUUUAACAUUCACUAUCGGCCUGGUUGUGAUAGUGCGCCUAACCCUUUUAUUCACAAUAAGUACUUUAAGGAUCUAUCUUUCUCAUCAGAGAUUAUGGUUCAACGCAUUCCAGCUCAUAGUUUUAUUCUGGCGAUUAGUUCGGCUGUUUUUGAGGCCAUGUUCUAUGGACCAAUGUCAAUUCAGAAUUCCUCACGCUCUGCACCGGCAGUUUCUGAUGAUCAAUCUGUCACAGAAUCUACUGAACAAACAAUGAUCAAGCAAACUUCUAGACCUCUACUCUCUUCUCCCCUGACUACUAGUCUGUCUUCCUCAUCAGAACAUAUGCAUAUCGACUCUUCGAAAAAUUUAAAUUCCCUGGAGAAGGAAACUCGCAGGCAGCCUCUCGUGUUUAAUCCUUCUUCUAGUCAGAUCAAUCCGAAUAAUCCUAUCGAGGUGCAUGUGGACGAUGUCAGCCCUGUUGCUUUUAUCAAUAUGCUGCGUUUUAUCUACACCGAUGAAAUCCAGAUAGAUGCAAGUAAUGUUUUCCAAACCCUUUAUGUGUCAAAGAAGUAUGCCAUCAAUGGCAUGGAGAACGCCUGUUUCGAAUUCCUCAGCCAAUCAAUAUCUGUGGAAAAUGCCUUUUUGGUUCUGAGUCAUGCCAAUUUCUUCAAUGAGCAGCAACUGGCUCAAAAAUGUUUGGAGGUGAUUGAUAAGAAUACCGCACGUGUGUUUGAUACGGAAGAUUUUCUAACCGCAGAUAAGGAUCUGCUUUUGAAUAUUCUUGAGAGAGAUACGUUGUGCAUCCGCGAAUCUCGUUUAUUUACAUCCAUUCUCAAAUGGGCUAAAGCUGAAUACCUACGAAUCAUUGGGACCGAAAGUGAGAUCUCUAGCCCUAGUUCUACUGAAGCACCUCAGCCCACUACUUCUUCUAUUCAGUCACCCUCAUCCAAUAGUCUUUCACGUUCUAAUAUUACUGCAUCUCAAGCCACCGAGCUGCCAAAUCUUUCGAAUGUUCCACAAGACUCCUUGAGGCAAAUACUUCAGCCUCUUCUACCCCACAUCAGAUUUCCACAGAUGAGUAUCGAAGAAUUUGCCAAUUUGGUUGUACCCUCCGGUGUUUUGUGUAAUGAUAUGGUAGUGAAGAUUUUUCAGUACUUUAUUGCUGCCAAAAACAUCAAACCGGAGUUGCCCUUCGUCAAACGACCACGAUGCUAUCUUCAUGAUGCGGAGGAAGUGGUGCAACGAUUUAUGGUUGUAGAUCAGAGGUGGGAUUAUAGGGGAACUAGUGAUCGUAUUAGAUUCAAAGUCGAUCGCAAAAUUCAUCUGGUUGGUUUCGGUCUUUACGGCAGCAUCCACGGUGAAUGUGAUUAUGAAGCGAGCAUUGAGGUGAGCUCUUGUUUCUUUCUGCUUCUGUUCAUUUCAAUCAAUCAGAAACUCCGAUUUCAUGCCAAAGCAGCAGGUCUUCUAUCUACUGCUUGCUUUGCUUCAAUUGGAUAA